CUACCUACCUCCCCCCUCAUCCCUCUUCCUCCUCGCUAGUCGCCACUACCACUACCCAUCAAUUCCAAUCCGCACCGCGGCUGCAGACAUGUCGGGCAGCGCCGGCGGCGGGCGGCGGGGCUGGAGCCCGUUCGACGCGAUCCGGAGCUUCCCUUCGAAUCCCGAGUCCCUCAUGUCCCAGAUCGACGCCGCCAUCGCCUCCACGGAGUACGCCCGCGCCUGCGCCCUCCUCGACCCCGCCCCCGCCUCCACCUCCUCGCGGCCUCCGCGCGGCAAGGGAGAGAAGGAGGAGGAGGCGUCGCCCGCGGCGCGGGCGCCUCCUCCCCCUGCCGCCGCCUGCCACGACGCGCGGGUCGCGGACGAGGCGUACCGCGCGGCGUGCGCGGCGCUCGGGGCCGGGCGGCCGGACGCGGCCGUGCGGUCGCUGCGGGCGGCGCUGGCCAGCUGCCCGCCGGAGAACGCCGCGGCGGUCGCCAAGGUGAGGUCGAUGCUGGCCAUCGCGUCCGCGCAGCUGCACAGGCAGCAGCACCAGGCUCAGCAGCAGAGCGGCAGGAAAUGAGACGAUAUGUACUACUCGCCUGUUCGUCUCAGCAGGAUUGGUUUCUCCUCGAAUUCGUUCCCUGUUGUAUGUCACACAUGUAACUUGUUUCCUCAAAUUCGAUCAUUGUUGUCACUAACUGGGAGAAGUAAUUAUUAGCGCUAUAGUAAACCAUAGCUGCCUGGAGAGUUAUACUAGUGAAGAUAAGAUAAAUGAUCAGACGCUUUUGUAAGUUUAUUAUUGCCUUGAUGGCUGUCUUCGGAGGCAGGAAUUUUACAAUUCAGGGCCUCUUUGAUUCA